AGGGAGCUGACGUCUGCCCUGAGACUCUACAAAGAGAAGCUGGAGGCUCUGAACACUGUCAAGCAGACCUGUGAGGAGUCAGCUGAACACAUCAAGAGCCAGGCACAGCAGACCGAGCGCCUGGUCCAGCAGCAGUUUGAGAAGCUGCACCAGUUCCUCCGAGACGAGGAAGAUGCUGUGAUCUCUGCUCUGAAGGAAGAGGAGCAGGAGAAGACCCAGGGGAUGAGGGACAGGAUAGACAGAACAACAGACCAGAUCAACUCUCUAUCUGAGGCCAUUGAGGUGACGGUGGAGGCCAUGGACACUGGUGAUGACAUAACCUUCCUCAAGAACUUCAAGAGGACCUCUGACAGGACUCAGGUGACAGUACAGGAGCCAGAUGAGGUGACAGGAGCUCUGCUGGACGUAGCCAAACACCUGGGCUGUCUCAACUACAGAGUCUGGGAGAGGAUGCAGGACUUCAUUACGUACACUCCUGUGACUUUGGACCCCAACACGGCUAAUGUCUGCCUGUCUCUGUCUGAUGAUCUGACCAGCCUGCGGUACACAGAGGAGGAGGAGCGACUCCCUGACAACCCAGAGAGGUUCUGUUACUAUGAGAGUGUCCUGGGUUCCGAGAGCUUCAACUCCGGACGACACACCUGGGACGUGGAGGUGGGCGUGAACAGCGAGUGGGCCGUGGGCGUGGCACGGGAGACGGUCUCGAGGAAGGAGUGGUUCACCCGAGCCCAGAGGGGCCUGUGGACCAUCUGCUACUAUGGAGGUGAAUACCGCGCCCGCACGGCCACCGCCACCCCCCUGGUCCUGAAAAGAAGGCCCCAGGAGGUCAGAGUGCAGCUGGACUGGGACAGAGGCAGGGUGAUCUUCUCUGACGCCUCAGACAACACGCUCAUCUACAAGUUCCAACACAAGUUCACCCAUAGAGUGUUCCCUUACUUCUCCAACACCUGCAAGAGACAUCCUCUGAGGAUCUCAGCCGGGAAGGUGUCAGUUACAGCGGAGUAG